AUGAGAGUCCUCGAGAGUGUUUGGAUAUUUUUAUUCUCUCAUUUCAUCUUCAGCAGUGCUCACAUUGAUUUCACGUCUGAGAAUGACGCACAGCAUCAACAACACAAGGUCGGUGAUCCGAUUGUAAUCGAAGUAACAUGGUCGCAAAACGAUUUUCUUUUACAUACAAUACCAAGUCUACAGAUCGUCACUAAUCCACUCGUAUCUACACAGUCAUCACCUAUUCGUAAACAAAUAUUUGACAAUUUGGCUCAGCUCAAUGCUGAAUACGUUCGAUAUGCUGCUUGGUUUCCCUAUCCAAAACUAGCUAUCGCUGAACUUGAUCCUCCCUCAGGCUUACUGCAAUGUGGCAAUGUUGGUGAAAGCUAUUCGGUUAAAUUAUCAUGUGAACAGGGUGGUGGUGUAAUAAGCAGUGUAGACUUUGCUUCAUACGGAACAGCAAGUGGUGCAUGUGGUCAAAUGAAACAGGGCACAUGUCAUGCAGCUACAAGUUUAGAAGUUGUUCAGAAAGCGUGUAUCGGUCAGAAAGAAUGUAGUGUAACAGCCUCGCCUACUGCCUUUGGAGAUCCAUGCUUUGGAACACAUAAGCGACUACUCGUUCAAAUUCAAUGCAACCCACCACAAAAUAAUACCUACUGGAAUUUUACAUAUCUUGAUCCGAGUUUCAAAGAUUUUCUUGCUGCUACCAAUGGACAUUCACGUAUUAUCAUGUUUUCAACACAACCCGUGUGGUUAUUUAAACUCGACACACCACACAUCUAUCCGGACAAUGCCUCCGAAGUUGACUGGGGCUAUCCACAAGGAACAGAAUUGGUCGAUGAUACGAUGCAAGCUUUAGGCGAUUAUUAUGGCCGUCUCACUGCCUGGUACACUCGAGGUGGUUUCUUCGAUGAAUAUGGUAGAAAACAUGUAUCGAACUAUGCAUACGAUUGGGAUUACACAGAAAUAUUCAACGAAAUCGAAGCCGAACACCGAAUGUCUGUCGAAUAUUAUACUCGAGCUUACGAUGCUGUCAUUCAAGGCAUUCGAAGACAUACAAACAAUACUGAAAUGAAAUAUGUUGGAUUGGCACAUGCUGGUCAUAAUGAAUUUGAUCGAUAUCGCUAUUUUCUCAAUCAUUCAAAUCAUGCACCUGGCAUUCCACUGGAUAUGAUCUCUUAUCAUUUUUAUGCAUCAAGCACAUCAAGAAUAGAUCCACUCAGUUAUGAAGCAUUCUUUCCACAGCUUGACACUUUCACAACUGAAAUCACACAAAUUGAAGACAUUCGCAAAGCUCUAUCACCCGAAACAAGAACAACUAUCGAUGAAUUGGGAAUUAUUCUUCCUGAUGAUAAUAAUCCAGAUGCACCUCAGUUUCCACUUAUUUUUUGGAAUGCCGGUGCAGCUUACUAUGCUUAUGCAUGGGCAAAAAUAGCACGACAAGGUAUCGAUGUCGUGGGACAUAGUCAACUUGUUGGCUAUCCAAAUUUACCAAAUCUACAACUCGAACCGCAAUUUCCAAGUGUUGCUAUGCUCAAUUGGACUACCGGGGAGGGAACAGCCAAAUAUUGGACUUCGAAGUUACUUAUUGACACCGCCGAUAUUGACAAUGAUCAAGCUGUAAUAACGCGUACUACCGAUGUAGGCGAAAAAAAUGUGUUUAGUCAAGCAUUUGUGCGCAAAAAUCGCCAACGAUGGGUAUUGAUUGUCAAUAAACGAUUCGCUAAUGUUGAUGUGCUCUUACGUGGCUCUACCGGUGGCACGGUGCAGAUUGUAAACGAAGCAUCUGGAUUUGGUCCUCCUAUAGAGACAAAAUUGACGGAAGACCGAAUUACACUGAGUCCAUUUGCUGUAGCUGUUGUUCACAUGCCGAAUGGAGAACUUGGAAUUUAA